AUGGAGUACCUCACCGCAUCAUCAUCAUCGUCGUCGUCGUUAUCAUCAUCAGGAUCUCCAUCAUCAUCAUCAUCAUCACCGCAUAUGACGUGGCAAGAUGGCGACAGUGCCGCCAUUUUCUGCCAGUCGACGGGCGACACGUGGUACCUGACCUGCCAUGGCGAUAAUUGGGUCGGUCACGUGGGAAACUGCUCGGAAGUAGCCUCACGUGAUCUGAGUGACGUCAUUACGAUCAGUUCGGGAUUAACGGGUUGUUGUGAUGUGCCGGGCGUCUGUCGUGUGUGUGUGUUUGCUGAGGUGUGGAAGUUUUGA